CGUCUCGAAGUCACCUCCUUUCCUGUCUUUAUAGUCACUUCCUCAAAUCUUUUCAAAUAAGCGAUUGCCAUAUCUUAUAAUCUUGCAACACCAACAUACCAUCUUCUUAUUCCAUCGUUCCAAGUUUUAUCAUAUUCAUACAUCAAUAUUUGAAAUUUGAGCAUCAGAUAAUGGAGCAACGACCAUCACCAAGAUAUUGUUUCCAAACGCGCACAAUCCGAAGCCGUGGCCACUUCAGUACGGCGUUCGAGCCCUACAUCCCGGGCAUGCCUACCAUGAAAGUCCCCAAUCGUGGCGCUUGUGAAACAGUGGAGCAAUUCAUUAACCGCUUUAACAAUAACAGAUAUCAUUGGGAACUCGGUGUGCAACAAGGGCGUUACCAUUAUCAGGUUCUCUCAACUACAAGGGAGAAUAUGGAUAAAACCAGAGUUUUGAAGCCACCAAAGAAUGUGGAUAUCAAAAAGCUCAUCAGACCGAGUGAUCGGUGGUUUGCAGUGAAUCCUUUUAGCAGUCUAAGGAGUCUAGUAGAGAGUGGUGACUAUAUUAGGGCUGAGGUUUGUAUGGUGUUUAACACGGGGAUUUAACAUUUUGCUAACGAUACAAAAUCAUAAUAGGAUCUUAGUGCGGCUUUCAUGAACGACCCUGUCAGUUUUCCGUUCUUCAAAUCUUCAAUGCGACUGACUAAUAAAUGACAUAGGAUUCCGUAGCAAAAUAUGUUGUUGCCCACCUCAACAUGGAUUCAACCAUGUACUUUCUUGUCGUAGGAAUGCAAUCCCUGAAUUCUGUUGUAAAUACUAAUGUUGUAUUUUACAGGAGUCACCACGAAAUAAUUGGGGUCAGCCACUAUUCCCGGCAAAUGUGCCUCAGCCGAAUAUGCCUCAGCCGAAUAUGCAGCCAGUCGCCGCUCCUCCUCGCCCUUCAUUAGCUAUCCAAAAUCAACCUCAAAAUCUUCAAAGCUGUAACAUACCCGACAACGAUCCCAGCGUUUCCAACAUAUCUUUUCCAGCCCCCUUCUCCCCCGAACAGUAGCUCGCAGCUCGAUACAACCUCAGAGCUACCGUCUCUAGACAAUUCAGCAACCUCUGCUCCUCUUUUCAACGACGACUCUAACAUUUCCAAUACAUCUUCACCAACCCUUUCUCCCGCAAAAAAUAACUCGCAACUAGCUGUAACUUCAGAACAAUCGUCUAUAGAAAAUCCAGUAUCUCCUAUUCCUCUUUUCACCAAAGAAUACGAUCGUUGGCUUUAUUCGGUAGGAUCAAAUUGAAAGAAAUUCUUUCUUGAAUUUGACUUCCUGAUCUUCUGGAUCGAUGCGCACUUAAAAGGAAUGACUGAUGGU